CUUCCGCUUAACGGUUUCCUAGAAGCCAGAUCAAAGCACCCCUUAGUCCCUGUGCUCUGAGGGUAAGCCUCAUCGACACGAUCUAUUGCUGCUGCUUCUCCAGCUGGCUUCUGUAGAGACUGACAGAGGAGACAACUUUGCAGGAUAAGGUAGCUAUCAAGAUGCUCCAUUUGCGAAGUUCACAGAUGCUGCAGAUGUUGGAGAGCUCCUUAAGGAAAUACCUUCCUGAGUCCUUAAAGGUUUAUGGGACUGUCUUCCACAUGAACCAGGGAAACCCAUUCAAGCUCAAGGCUCUGGUGGACAAGUGGCCUGAUUUUAAUACAGUGGUUGUCCGUCCUCAGGAGCAGGACAUGGCAGAUGACCUUGAUCACCACACCAACACUUACCAGAUCUAUUCUAAAGAUCCUAAGCAGUGUUUGGCAUUCCUCGGCACACCAGAUGUCAUCAACUGGGAACAGCAUCUGCAGAUCCAAAGUUCACAAUCCAGCCUAAACGAAGCAAUAACGGACUUUGCAGCUGGUAAGAAGGUCAAGGUCAAGAGAACACAGUGUAUUCUCUACAUGAUGCCUGAGACAGCAAAGAAACUCGUUCCUUUCCUGUUGGAGGAUACAGAGAACUUAGAUCGUAACCCUGGCAGACCCCGGGCUAUUGAUCAAGAAAUGUUUAAACUCUCAACACUGGAUGUUACCCAUGCUGCCUUGGUGGAUAAAUUCUGGCAGUUUGGUGGCAGUGAGAGGAGCCAACGAUUCAUCGAGCGCUGCAUCCAGAUCUUUCCUAGCUCAUGUCUUCUGGGACCUGAAGGGACUCCUGUGUCCUGGGCUCUGAUGGACCAAACUGGAGAAAUUCGAAUGGCGGGCACAGUGCCUGAUUACCGGGCACAAGGCCUUAUCUCUCACAUCAUUUAUGCUCAGACUCUGGUUAUGGAUAAACGUGGCUACCCUGUGUAUAAUCACACAGAAAAAGCCAACAAAGUCAUACAGAAAAUGAGUCAUACUCUGAACCAUGUUCCCAUGCCCUGUGACUGGAAUCAGUGGAAUUGUGCACCUCUGUGAUUCUGGUGCUCAACACAAGGCUGUGUUGGGUAGGCCAUAAUAAAUCUGGAGGAGAGGAAAGUGGUCAUAAAGAAAAUACAUAUUGUAAUGAACAAUAAAGGAAUGGCCAUUGCUUGAGCUCUGGGGAAGCGGUGUGAAUAGUUAACACUAUACCAUGUUACCUUUUAUAUCCAGCAGACCUGUAAUGGCCAAACCUCUCCACUGAGCCACCAUUGUUGUUCAGUUUUCUACAUUCUGGAUAUCAGUGACACAUGUAUUCAGCUGCACAUUACUAUCCCCAUGUGGAUUAUUGCCCAUAAUCAGUUUUGUUGGGAUGUGGUGCUGAUGGGGGACUAGUAUAUGUUUUUCUCCAGCACUCCUUUGUUUAGGACCUAGGAUACUUCUCAUCAACAGGUACUUUGAAAUGAUUGCUUCACUGGAAGCCCUUUUAUCUCUGUUUAAUAACCACGCAAAAAAUGCAUGGAUAAAUAUAUGGCAGUAGUUGGAUGAUACCUGGAAAACUAAUUUUUAAGAAAAUUUAUUGUGCAUGCUAAGUGUAUACAUGAGGCUUUGGAAUUAUGGGUAGAUAGUGAAACAAAUUCACAGAUCCAUCACCUCAGAUAAUUACCAUAUUUUGAUUUGACAUUGAGAAAAACUUUAGUAUUAAUCGCAUACAGUUCAACGUUAUUAUGAUUUUCAUGUUAUAAGCAGAUCUCUAGAUUUCCUUAUUAACACAUCUAAUGUUUUGUAAUUCUGUGUCACACAUAUACUCUCACCUCAUCCUUAACCUUGGUGACUACAAUUUUGUUGUUUUAAAUAUUCAGCUGAAAUUGUGUGUUAGUUUUUUCUGUGCAGCUUGUCUCAUAGGGCUUUUCUUAGAUAGCUGUCUCAUCCCCCACAUUCAUUCACUUUAUGGAAAAUGGUAGGAACUAGUUAUUGUAAAAGAUAUUAUUACCCUGUGAUAUGUAAUUUUCUUUUUAAAAAGUAUACACAAAGUUGUGCAAAAUUUAUAUGCAAAUACAUAAAAAUUUAUAUGCAACUUUA